AUGUCCUUGAUUAUCGAUGACCUCAAGGCGCUUUCAAGCACGAGAGCCACUUGUGGAUUGUUGAAACAGAUCACACAACAUGAUUUCUGUCGAAUCCACAUCACCGAGAUGAAGAAUCUUUCCACCACCAAGGCCCUUGAGAGACUUCUCUGGACCUCGCUACAGCCCUCCUUAGCUCCUUGGAUCCGCUCCAACACCGUAGACUUCCAUAACAAGCAUCUUUUGUUGUCGAACGUUCUCGAAGCAACCGAUGUUCCGGGAAUCGUCGACUUCCAUAUCAAAGAUGACGCGCCACUAAUCUCGCCCUGUCCCCCUUACCUAGAGUGGACCAUCUGGAAAAUCAAUCAUGAGGAUAUGAGUGAGAGGCACAAGCUCAUCUGGGACCAGAUGCUAACAUCCAAAGCUGUCGACGAGAUACUCAUCAAAUUCGUACAACGCGAGGGGGUAGAGCAGUCGCCCCUUCCACAUACCAUCGCAAUCACACGCUCUGAACAUGGCCUCCACGUGCGCUUUCAAAACAUUCACGAAAAGCGCAUUAGUGUUAUCGGCCACAUGAAUAUCUUCCACAGACUCUAUUCGCUCGAGAUGGAGGACUGCUCCAUCUGUGACUACGAUCUGGAGCCCAUGCUUACCAAUCCGAACCUCGAGAAUCUCCGCCUUCACGAUAUUGACCUAUCUCCUUAUACGGGCAACUACCGGGCGCACCUACCAUAUCGUUGGCCAAAGAUGCUCGGGCUCGUUGCUAGUACCACCGAUCUCCAGUCAUGCCAGAUCUCUGGUCUGGCUGACUGGGACAAUGCAUUGUUUCUGUCGGAGUUUUGGGAGGCUGAGACCAAGGAUGGCAAGACCGUGAGCGAAGCUCUUCUGCAGCGAAUCAAGAUCAGACGUCCUUGGUGUUGA